AUGCUUGGUUCAAUGAGCACAAAUUAUACGACUACAAUCAAAACAACUAUAUGCGAUGUUUGCAUUACACACAAUGGUAAUGGGACUGAUGAGAAACCAUAUGAAGUGAAAUCACGUGAAUUGUGCCCAGAAAAGCAGAAUAUUCCUAAAGACAAUUUUCAAACGAUGCGUGAAAAUACACAGCGUGCACCAUUAUCAAUAGCGAAUGUCAACCACAAAUUGUCAUCGACCGGUUCAAGUGGAAGUAGAGUUCAUGAACGACGCCCAAAUAGUCAAUGUGUUCCUAUAAAUAUUAUUCAAAAUAAUCUUUUUAAUACCAAGAAUUCUAUAAAUUGUCUGUUACCCAAAUCUUUCAGAGAUAAAAUGAAUAAUAAACAGAUUUUAUGUAUCUUCUUCUUCUUCUUAGUAAUUUAUAUAAAAGUAAACAUUGUCUUCUCACAACCAAAUGAUCCACAACUUCAAAAACUUCUACAAUAUCAUAAUGAUCUUAGACGUAAUUUAACAGAAUGUAAAUUUGAAGGACAACCUCCAGCGAAAUAUCUGCCAGAUCUUAAAUGGGAUGAUGAACUAGCUUCAAAAGCUAAAGAUUUAGCAAAUGAAUGUUAUUUUCAUCAUAAUGAUGUGAAUUUACCGCAUAAAUGGGAAUAUGUUGGUCAAAAUAUAGCAGGAUAUCAAACAAUUGAACAAGCAUUCGAUGCAUGGAAAGAUGAAUAUAAACAGUAUAGUUAUUAUUCAAUGAGUUGCUACGGUGUUUGUGGACAUUAUACUCAAUUAGUAUGGCAAAAUACUACUCAUGUUGGUUGUGGUAUUACAAAUUGUACUGGAAAUUAUGGAUUUCCAUAUGGAUUAUCAGUUGUCUGUAAUUAUGGCCCAGGAGGAAACUAUGAAGGUCGUUAUCCUUACGAAGCAAAAUCACAAGAUGAAUGUUAUGCUGUAACUACUAGACGUCCUAGAACUACUAGACGUCCUGAAACUACUAGACGUCCAGUUACUACUAAACGUCCUAGAACUACUAGACGUCCUGAAACUACCAGACGUCCAAUUACUACUAAACGUCCUGAAACCAUACCAACUCGUAAACCAGACAUAUCAAAACAAAUACCAAAACCAAACUGGCCUACACUUAUCAGUUCAUGGAGUGGAUUUGCCAAUUCAAAUAUGCUACAAGGAAUAAUAACAAAAACAUGUAUUUGUAUUCAGUGAAAAGUAAAAGUUACCCAAAACAUUUAAUAUGUCACUGUUCUGUGUAUUAACCAUGUUGUAUGUUUUAAAUGAAAAUAUAAACAUUAUUGAAAGA